AUGGUAAGUUCCGGUUCCGGCUAGCUUGUGGUUCGUGAGAAUGGCAAUGCAAGCGGCGGAGUGGGUAGAGCGGCUGCAGCGCCAGGAAAGAGAAAUCAAGUUUUUGACUGCAGAAAUAGAUCAUUUGAAAAACUACGGAUGCUUGGGAGCUUCACCAACCUUGGAAGAAUUGCGGGAAGAAAAUGCAAAAUUAAAAUAUCGCUUAAAUAUCCUACAAAAGAGCCUCCAGGAGGAAAGACAUAGAGAAAAAUCAUUCAAAGGCAUGAUUAAUAUCAAUCACAGGAUUCAAGAAAUUUUUAAGGCAGCUAUCAAAGCUGCAUAUCCUGAUUUAGAAAACCCACCAUUGGCAGUAACACCAAGUCAACAGUCCAGGUUUGGUGAUUACCAGUGUAACAGUGCUAUGAGCAUAUCUCAGAUACUGCUCAAGACUAAGGAACAAAAAGUAAGCCCAAGGGAUAUUGCUGACAAGAUUGCCAGAAAUAUUCCAAACAAUGAUUGCAUUGAGAAAAUUGAAAUUGCUGGACCUGGUUUCAUCAAUGUACACUUGAAGAAAGAUUUUGUAUCGAGACAGCUGAGCAGUGUGCUAAUGAAUGGAGUUCAACCACCCGCUUGUGAAAGAAAAAAGGUGGUGAUUGAUUUCUCUUCCCCAAAUAUUGCAAAAGAGAUGCAUGUUGGACAUCUGAGGUCAACUAUAAUUGGGGACAGCAUAUGCCGUCUUUUUGAAUUCAUGGGACAUGAUGUUCUAAGAUUGAAUCAUUUAGGAGAUUGGGGCACCCAGUUUGGGAUGCUUAUUGCUCAUCUGCAAGAUAAAUUUCCAGAUUACCUAACUGUUUCUCCACCCAUAGGAGAUCUCCAAGCUUUUUAUAAGGAAUCAAAAAGAAGGUUUGACACUGAGGAAGAGUUUAAGAAGCGUGCAUACCACUGUGUGGUCCUACUGCAGAGCAAAAGUCCAGACAUCAUUAAAGCUUGGAACCUCAUCUGUGAUGUAUCCCGAAAAGAAUUCCAAAAGAUCUAUGACUGCUUGGAUGUUUCCAUCAUAGACAGAGGAGAAUCAUACUAUCAAGAUAGGAUGCAUGAAAUUGUAAAGGAGCUUGAAGAACGAGGGUUUCUACAAAUGGAUGAUGGCCGGAAGGUUGUAUUUAUUCCAGGAUGUUCUGUUCCUUUGACAGUUGUGAAAUCUGAUGGGGGUUUCACAUAUGAUACAUCAGACUUGGCAGCAAUAAAACAGAGGAUUUUCGAAGAAAAAGCUGAUUAUAUAAUUUAUGUGAUAGAUAGUGGGCAGUCUGUUCACUUACAAACAAUAUUUGCAGCAGCUCAGAUGAUUGGCUGGUAUGACCCCAAAGUGACCAAAGUAAUUCAUGCUCCUUUUGGAGUGGUAUUGGGAGAAGACAAAAAAAAGUUCAAAACACGUUGUGGGGAUACAGUACGACUGAUUGAUCUUCUUGAAGAGGGACUGAAGAGAGCAAUGGAUAAACUGAAGGAAAAAGAAAGAGAUAAGGUUCUUACACCAGAAGAAUUAAAGGCAGCCCAGAUCUCAGUUGCCUUUGGUUGCAUUAAAUAUGCAGACCUGUCUCAUCACAGAAUAAAUGAUUAUAUUUUCUCUUUUGAUAAGAUGCUUGAUGAUAAAGGAAAUACUGCUGCUUAUUUACUUUAUGCCUUCACUCGAAUCAGAUCUAUAGCAAGAGUGGCUAAUAUCAGUGAGGAUAAACUACAAAAGGCAGCUGGAACAACAGAGAUCAUACUGGAUCAUGAAAAAGAAUGGAAACUAGGCAAAUGCAUUUUGAGGUUUCCUGAAAUCAUCCAAAAGUGCUUAGAUGACCUUUUACUGCACACUCUCUGCGACUACCUCUAUGAGCUAGCCACCACAUUUACUGAAUUCUAUGAUAACUGUUAUUGUGUGGAAAAGGAUAGACAAACUGGUGAAAUAGUGAAUGUGAACAUGUGGCGAAUGCUCCUGUGUGAAGCAACAGCUGCUGUGAUGGCCAAAGGUUUUGCUAUCUUGGGAAUCAAGCCUGUCCAAAAAAUGUAAUUAAAAUGACUUUUAAAAACUGUUAGAAGCAAAGGAUAAACAGUUUCUUUUUUCCUUGCCAGGAUUAGAACUUAAUAAAAAUAACAGAUACUCAGA